AUGGCAAGUGUACUUGGAGCCCCUCCUGGCCCCAUAAGAAGAUUCUAUGGUCCUGAUGAGAUUGUGUGCAUUAGAAUCACCUCUCCUGAUCUUAGCUGGAUCUCCAAAAUACAAGUGAAUCAACCAGCAGUUCUGAGGCGUGCCGAACAAAUCCAGGCUCGCAGAACCGUGAAGAAUGAGUGGCAAGCUGCUUGGCUCCUGAAAGCUGUUACCUUUAUAGAUCUUACUACACUCUCUGGUGAUGAUACAUUUUCCAAUGUUCAAAGACUCUGUUAUAAAGCCAAGUAUCCAAUCCGGGAAGAUCUCUUAAAGGCUUUAGAUAUGCAUGAUCAAGGCAUUACUACAGCUGCUGUUUGUGUUUAUCCUGCCCGAGUAUGUGAUGCUGUCAAGGCUCUGAGGGCUGCAGGCUGCAACAUUCCUGUAGCAUCAGUGGCCACUGGUUUCCCAGCUGGACAGACUCAUUUGAAAACACGACUAGAAGAGAUCAGAUUGGCUGUUGAAGAUGGGGCUACAGAAAUCGAUGUGGUAAUAAAUAGGACCUUGGUGCUGACAGGCCAGUGGGAAGCCCUUUAUGAUGAGAUUCGUCAGUUUCGCAAGGCCUGUGGGGAGGCUCAUCUCAAAACCAUCUUGGCAACAGGAGAACUUGGAUCUCUUACUAAUAUCUAUAAAGCCAGCAUGAUAGCAAUGAUGGCAGGAUCAGAUUUUAUUAAGACCUCUACUGGAAAGGAAACAGUAAAUGCCACCUUCCCAGUAGCUAUUGUAAUGCUACGGGCCAUUAGAGAUUUCUUCUGGAAAACUGGAAACAAGAUAGGGUUUAAACCAGCAGGAGGCAUCCGCAGUGCCAAGGACACCCUUGCUUGGCUCUCUCUUAUAAAGGAGGAACUUGGAGAUGAGUGGCUGAAGCCAGAACUCUUUCGAAUAGGUGCCAGCACUCUGCUUUUAGAUAUUGAGAGGCAGAUUUAUCAUCAUGUGACUGGAAGAAAUGCAGCUUACCAUGAACUUCCAAUGUCUUAA